UUCUCCCGGAAGUGGUGCUGUGCUGUGUUGUGUGCCCCUGCUUGGCAUCAGCAGGGAGAGGCCUGGGGUUGUGAGUCUUGUGAUGACCCGUGGGGUAUAGAGGGGAGCGCUGACCGCUCUCCUUCUGGAGUCAUUGCGCUGGGAUAAAGAACCUACAAUGAAUGCAGUAACAUAAAGCCUGGCUCGCACCCCUAUGAGGGAUUUAAACAUGGAGAAGCACUCACAAGGAAAUGCAGCAAACACAAUAAAAACCGCUUCUAGUCAUAGUGGCGAUGUGGACACAUGGAAAACAUUUCUUUAUGCCAGGGAACAGUUGCAGGGAACAGUAGAGAACAAAAUGGAACAGGAAACCCCAAUAUGACAUCAGGGAGAUGUGCAAACAAACAAUUUAAUGUUCAGAAUUGGUUACAAAACUUAAAUUCUGGUGAGUUUGAUCUAUCUCAGGACUACUUUGAAAAAGCAGAUCUAUGGACUAAAGAAUUUAUUUCUAGAGAGGUGUCUGAAGAAGAUUUAGCAGGUGGAUUAAGUGAGAAGGUAAACUGACAAAUGCAAGAAAACACGGGAUCUGUUGGUUGUGAAUCACCACUACUUGUGCAAUCUGACUGUGGAUGUGCCAUGGAAAACUUAGAUCCACCUGGUGCCACAUACUCUGAAAUUGGAGAUCGUACCUGUAGCCGAGGGUGUCACCAUUUCUCUUCAUACCAGCAGAGGCCAUUGGAUGGGGAGGGAGAAGAUUUAGGCUCUGAUAGACCAUUUGAAACAGAGGAUGAUUCUUUGAAAGUAACUAGUGGAAGAAAGGGAGGUAGUAGGGGAAAAAAUCGUAUAAGUACAAAGGAGGAGAUCAGAAGGGAUGGCCGCAGUCCUCAUUCUGUUGGUGGAAAGCACAAAACUGGACGUAAAAAGGGCCAGGGUGAAGAUAGACAACCGCUGAAAACCAUGCUUCCACAGUUCUUGGUCCAUGCUUCUACAUUUUUUGUCAACUUUCUUAUAGGUCUUGUGCAUUGGAUUGGUGAGAAUGUUGAAACAUUGGGCACACUUUUGUACAUCAAGGUGUGGCUUCCAGCUCAUGAUCUAGGCCAUUUAAAAAUACAAAUGCAGUCUUUUGGUCAAUGGACACAACAUUUUGCUAAAAAAUCCUGGAUAUUGACUUGUUCUUUUGGACUGUGGCUUCUCCGUAUGCUGAAAAUGUUGCGUGCCGUACUCUUCCUGAUUUUUAUGCUUGCAGUGGGCUGUGCUCAGCUUUGUUGGCAGUACAUAAAGAGAGCAUUGAGCAGAGUGGGAGGGGACAGUAAAUGGGGAACACAGAUCAUGUUGACACUGCAGAGGAUAUGGGUGAUGGCAACAAAGAACAGGACUUGUAGUCUUCUUUUAAAUCAACUUAAGAAAUGGACAGCAAAAAUAAGGACAGAUAAAGGGAGAUCUUGGACAUCAGCAGGGUCUACAAGUACAAGAUCUAACAGAUAUCAGCCAGGGGAGGAAGUGGAGCGUCUGCUGACUAUGACUGAUAUACCAGAAGAAGAGUUAAAUCCAUUUCAGGUGUUGGGUGUAGAAAUGAAUGCUUCUGAGGCAGAACUCAAAAAGGCAUAUCGACAGCUGGCUGUGCUUGUUCAUCCAGACAAGAAUAAUCACCCCCGAGCAGAAGAAGCCUUUAAGGUUUUGAGAGCUGCAUGGGAUACAGUGAGCAAUCCAGAAAAGCGCAAAGAGUAUGAAAUGAAGCGGAUGUCAGAAACCGAGCUGGCAAAGUCCAUGAAUGAGUUCCUUACAAAGCUGCAGGAUGACCUGAAGGAGGCCAUGAACAGCAUGAUGUGUAGCAAAUGUCAGGGGAAACACAGGAGGUUUGAAAUGGACAGGGACCCUGCAAAUGCCCGUUACUGUGCUGAAUGUGGAAAGAUGCAUCCAGCAGAAGAGGGUGACUUCUGGGCUGAGUCCAGCAUGCUUGGGUUGAAAAUCACUUACUUUGCAAUGAUGCAAGGCAAAGUGUUUGAUAUUACAGAAUGGGCUGGAUGCCAGCAAGUGAGGAUCUCUCCGGAUACUCAUCGUGUUCCUUAUCACAUCUCAUUUGGUUCCAGAAAUACCACAAACCCAGGACGACAAAGGGCUCCCCCAGAAAGCAGUCCAACAUCUGUUGCUGAUCUGCAAAAUCUCUUGAACAGAAUAUUCCAAGGUUCUCCAGGUCCAAUGCCAGGUCCAAUGCCCAAUGGGAACAUCUUUAAUUCACCCCAGCCUUCUUCACAAGGAGCUCAGUCUUCUCCUGGACCAGCUAAAACUCAAACUGCACCCAGGAGUGAUACAAAGCCCAAAAGGAAAAAGAAAUUGAAACGUCCUUUACAAAGAUGAACAAGGACUUGCCCAAAUGCUAAAAACAAAUCUGUGUGCAGGCCAGAGUGAGAGGGAUAGAACAUCUCUAAUUCAUAACCUGGAGACUGCUAGCUUGUCUCAUGUCCACUGCAGAAUGCAGGCUAGAACAAAGUUGCCAAGGGCUUUCAGAAACCGGUUUAAGUCUGUUGUUUUUAUGUUUUUGUUGUGUAUGACUAAUUUUAUCUCUAAAGUUUUAUCCUCAUUGUUAUAUAGGGCACUGCACUGCAACCCCUAAAAUAAGAUUUCUUUUUUUUCUGACAGUAAUUUUGUCUUUUCCAUUAUACCAAAGAUAUAUUCAGUAAUGGGCAUAUGGGAAUACCUCUGUGCAUGCUAGGUCACCAAGCUGGUGUGCCAGGGAAUUCUCGAUUGUAAACAAACAGUACAAUUUAAGGUCUAAACUUGGUAUAAUUAUGUAAUAUUACUACUGUGCUACUGGAUGUGGUGUAAUGGAAGUGAAGGUUAUACCAUUAAUGUUUUUAUUAGAAUUUUUAAGUGUUGGACAAAGUAAAAAUAGCAAAAGGGCAUACAGCCUCCAAUGUUUAUUUUUUCUUCUUCUUAAAGUUUAGGGACCCCAUUACAUACUUUUAAAUUAAAGACCCUUAUAUUAUAAAGUGCUUUAUAUCCCAAAGAGACAAAGAUGACGAUUAAUAUCGAUUGAAGAAGAAAUUUUUUCUAUACAGGGUACCAAUCAGCAUAGCGUAAUUACAGAGAAUGGUAAAAUGGGACCCACAAUAUUCAACUAAUAAUGUAAAAAGAAAGAAAGCAGUAAGUAUUUGCUGCUCUAUGGUAAAUGCUUUUCAGUGUUAGCAAAUGAAGACCUUGCCUAGAAUAUAUACAGUAUGCUAGGAUUAAUGUGUAAAGAGCAGGCAAUGUUAUUACUAAUUUAUUUUUAAAGAGACGUUCUCUGUUGACCUCUGGCAGUGCAAUGUAGCAGUUCUUUAAUGAGGAAUCUGGGCAAUAUCAGUCACUGGCUAGGCCUGUCCAAUUUUAUCAGAAUCUUGUGUACAGUAUUCAGGUGCAGCCGUCUUUCUCACUUUUUACGCCAUUCAAGACAAUCUGUUACCACUUCCCUCUGACCUGAAUGACAAAGCCGUCUUGAUUUAUUGCUGACAGUAUUUUAGUGAAAUUGGGGUUUGUGGAUGCCAAACCGUUGGCUUGUAUUUGUUGGGGAGGGGUGGCCAAAAGGUUUUAAAUUUGAUCAUAAAAUUUGUUUCUGCAGGAACAGUGUAUAGGACAAUCAAUAUUACCGGAAUCUGUUUUUGUUUCUGAAUCUUUUAUAUUUUCUAUUUGAGCAAGUUUGUGUUUAUAAACUCUUUCAGCCCUGAGGCCCAUGUUUUUUAAACAGUGUAACUGUUCUUUUUAGCUUUUGGAAAGCAGCCUUAUGGUUGUCUGUAAGGUCUUUAGUUAUAGCUAAUAUCUCAUCGGUGAUCACAUUUUAGGAAAAACUCCCCUGGUUUCAAAGCCUAGGUGCAAAGCAGGUUUGCUGCCAAUAUAUAUGGUGACCUUUUAGAAAGAGAGAUUUUAAGGGGACAUUGUAGUAAUUUCAUUUGUUUUCUUUGUUUCAUCUAAAAGAGAACAUUUCAAAUGUAUUUGUUUUUUGGGAAAUGCAUGUCUUGAAUAAACUAAAAUGUUUUCUUUUCAGGCUUGCAAAGGCAUGUCCCUCUCCAGCAGCAGAACUGUGGGAGUUGUCCUUUUUUAGCCAGUGGGCUUUCGUAGGAAGUGCACAUCUGAUACUGUUGUGUUAGUUUCAUUUUGAAAAGCUUUACGUAAUAUUUUUUUCAGAAACCGUAAUAUUUUUGACAAGGUUAAAUGCUGAUGUUUCAUAUGCACAUUUUUAGAAUACAGUGUCCCUUUAAUGCAAAAUGGUUACAUAAUGUCUCAUGUAUGGUCUAAAAGCUAGACAGCAGCAGUAUGCAGUCCAAAACAGGAAUAAUAAUGCACCAGUUAAUUAUAAAAGAAGUUGAAGAAAUUAGUGUUAACAUUGAACAUUGAAAUUAGUUGCACAUCAAUUUUAAACAUUGUUGGGUUUUUUCACUUUCUUAAUUAAUGGAAAGAUUGUGAAGGUUGGGAAUAAGUGAUCCUCAGGGCUGAAUGUAUAAGACGGCCUUGUAUCACCUUUUGUUAAAUUAAAACUUUUAUGCUUUAAAAAAA